GAAGGCACAACCAACUUCAGGCCUGCUUCAGGCAUCGUUGGGCGGAGCACGCGCCCUGAGGCCCCAGCGGGCGCCCCCCGCCAGAGGCGCGGAGCGGCCGGCAGGUGGCGCGCAGCAGUGGGGCUCGGUCGCGGCGAGGUCCCGGCCAGGUGGACUGGAAGGGGCGGGGGCAACCAGAAGCGGCCAGCCGAAGCAGCCCCGCGGGCCCCACCCCCUCCACGCGGCGCUUGCGACACGCGUGCGGGGAGAGGAGGCGCCAGCUGCAUUCCGAGCUCAGGCACCGCUGCUGUUUCUCCGCCGAGCGUCCCAGUCUCUCAAUCCGAAGUCCGGCUACCAUGGAGGCUCAGGCACGAGGUUUGUUGGAGACGGAACCACUGCAAGGAAGAGAUGAAGACACAGUAGCCAGUGCUGACUUCUCUAGCAUGCUCUCUGAGGAGGAAAAAGAGGAGCUAAAGGCAGAACUAGUUCAGCUGGAAGACGAAAUUACAACAUUACGACAAGUUUUAUCAGCUAAAGAAAGGCAUCUGGUUGAGAUAAAACAAAAACUCGGCAUGAACCUGAUGAAUGAAUUAAAACAGAACUUCAGCAGGAGCUGGCAUGAUGUGCAGACUACUACUGCCUACAAGAAAACACAGGAAACCCUGAGUCACGCAGGGCAGAAGGCAACUGCAGCUUUCAGCAAUGUGGGGACGGCUAUCAGCAAGAAGUUUGGAGAUAUGAGGUCUCACUCUAUCGGCUACUCCAUCCGCCAUUCCAUAAGUAUGCCUGCUAUGAGGAAUUCUCCUACUUUCAAAUCAUUUGAGGAGAGGGUUGAAACAACUGUCACAAGCCUUAAGACGAAAGUAGGCGGAACGAACCACGGUGGAGGCAGCUUUGAGGAGGUGCUCAGCUCCACCGCCCACGCCAGCGCGCAGAGCUCGGCCGGCGGCCCCCGGCGCGCGGAGGAGGAGGAGCUGCAGUGCUAGAGCCGCCCCGACCCCGGCAGCCUCUAGCCGCCUCCAGGAACCCUCCCUGCCGCCCUGCUGCACCCCCAACCUCCCUGCGCAUCCAGACCUGAAGACCAAAAUCCCACCCACCCAGGCCUUGACCUUGUUUUUCAAAUGGCUUCUCCUCAAAGUCUAAUUAAGUAAUUUCCAUUGUAUUUGUGUUGAUGAUGGACCACUUGACAGUCACACUUAAGUAUUCAUAGAUCGUCAUCUUUUUAAAAUUGUCUUGAUGUCAGCGGGUACACAGCCGGUCAUGGCCAUUGUUUUGUGUAAUUCAACAUACUUUCCGAACAAGCUGCUAUUAAUUAUUUGCUUUGAUUUUUGCUUGGCCUCCUGUCCGAAGUGCAUGUCUUUGAAAGCUGACUGAGCGCCCCCUUUCCGUUCUGUCCACUGGAUGGGCUUUCUGACCAUCUCCAGCAAUGAAUGGGAUGACACCGCAAAUUUCAUGAAAAUGCUUGUGAUCUCCCUCAUCUACUUUAAUUCUAUAUGUUUAUUUAAGCAAUUAAAAUAAUUAAUUUUAA